AUGGCUGAAGAGAUGGUGGAGCUGGGGUUCGAGGGUCUCGAUCGAUUUGCUAAUAAGUACUGGGACCGGACUUACGACCGUCUACCAGAAGUACCACGACCAGGGAGAAAGAAGCGUCAGCAGCAACGUCAGCAACAGUACCAGAAUGGACAGAGACAACAAUAUCUGCCACAAGAUUCAUCUCGUCACCCAGACAAAGGAUACAGACCCUCUCACUGUCCCUCAGAAGACGUGAUUGACUACGAAUCGGACCCAGAGAUGUACGGACCCGAUCGCAGAAGAGACAGUUAUGGAAGAGAAGAAGGCUACUAUGAGACGGGACGAAACGACUAUAGGACACCAGGACCGGGCUUCAAAGUACCCAACGCUCGUGAUGAAUACAAUGGUUCACGAGGUGUGCAGGUAGCAUCCAACCAGUCUACGAGCAACGCCGACCGGCACCUCACCGAAGACGGUCAUCAUGGUCCCCGCCACGAUCUGAACAGCACAGUCGUCGUGAUUCACGUCACCAGCGUUCAGAUUCUCGAUCACGUUCACGUUCGAGCGACGCGAAACAUCGCUUGA